AUGAAUACUUUUAUAGGUGGAGCAGAGCAGCCCUCCCCACCUGUGUUGGCUGCUGUUGGUGCUUACUACUCAGAGAUAUCCAUCGCAGUUACAAGGCAACUCAACUUGGAAAACAUCCCACUGAUUAGUUAUGGUUCAACUUGUGGUCAACUCAGUGACAAAACCCGUUUCCCCAGCUUUAUGAGGACAGUACCAGAAGAUGAUCACCAAGUUCGUGCCAUCAUCCAUAUUUUAAAAAGCCACAACUGGACCUGGGUUGGUUUAGUGGCAACUGAUAGUGAAGCCGGCCGCUAUGCAGUUGAACGCCUCCGGAAACAUGCAAAAAACAACAAAAUCUGUUUUGCCUUCACCAGCAUUCUUCCAGAGGCUCUGGUCGACGAUUCGCUAGAUGAUUGCAUUAAUGAGACAGUCAAAAGCAUCACUGAAAAAAAACACGUGAAGGUCAUUGUGUCCUUUGCCAAAGCUUACCAUAUGAUGUACCUUUUCGGAAGGCUUCUCAAGGAUCCACGAGGAAGGGGGAAAGUUUGGGUGGCGAGUGAUAAUUGGUCGGAAUCAGCUGAAGUGCUGGCAAACCAUACUUUGAGUGAUGUGGGAAAAGUCUUUGGGCUCACACUUAAAUCUGGAAACACUGCCAGGUUUAGACAGUAUCUUACAAAUCUUGAUGUAAACCCUGGCCAUCAUCACAACAAUACAUUCUUGUAUAAAUAUUUGAUGAGAAGGAUGGAGAGAAAGCCAAAUGACACAGCCAAUAAAGAAUUAAUGAGGAUGAUAUAUCCAUCUCUAGUCAAUGUGGAGAUGGCAGUUAGAGCUAUUGCUCAGGCUGUUGCAGACCUCUGUGUCAACAGGGACUGUAGGACAACCCAGAGAUUACUGCCCUUGGAGUUAAGAAAAGCCUUAAGGAAAGCAACGUUCCAAAUGGAUGGAAAAAGCUACCGUUUUGACAGCAGGGGUGACCUCAACACAGGAUAUGAUGUAGUCCUGUGGAAGCAGACGUCACUAACCUUUUUGGACACAAACUACAUGGUUGCUCAUUAUCACAUUCAAAACAAGAAUCUGACUUUCAUCCCAGGAAAAACAUUACAAGAUUUCAAAAGUGUCACAACAGAUGUGAUAUCCAGGUGCUCAAACAGCUGUUCUCCAGGCUACAUGAAGUAUUCAGCACCGGAGCAGCCUGAUUGCUGUUAUGAAUGCCACAAAUGUCCCAUGGAAUACUAUUCCAACACCACUGAUUCCUCGAAGUGCCAUCCGUGUAACAUUACCACUGAAUACGUUUCCAGUAUUCCUGACAGUUGCCUCCAAAAGAAAACUGUCUUCAUGUUUUGGGGAGAUAUUUAUCAUGAAAUACUGUUGGCAUUUGCCGCUCUAGGAGUAGUGCUUACCUUCAUUGUUGGGAUCAUCUUCCUCGCACACUGGAAUACUCCUGUUGUUCGUUCAUCGGUUGGCCCAAUCUGCCUCCUCCUCCUCUUCUCACUGAUUAGCACAUUUGUGAGUGUGCCAUUAUUUGGUGGUGAACCCAAGCCUUGGCAGUGCCAAGCUCGGCAGGUAUUUUUUGGCUUAAGCUUCACUUUAAGUGUUUCCUGCGUCAUGGUCAAGUCAUUCAAGAUUAUCAUGGCCUUUGAGUUUGACCCCAGCAUCCAGAGAGUCCUGAAGAAGCUCUAUCAGCCUUACAUUAUUAUUGCAUUCUGCUUGUUGGGUCAAGUUAUUAUCUGUGCCCUGUGGCUCGCCCUCAAGUCUCCAAAACCCAAUUGGAAGAAGUCGUUAAACAAUAAGGAACGUCUAUUCAUUUGCAAUGAGACUUCAUUCGUUGCAUUUGGAGCCAUGUUAAGCUAUAUUGGUCUUUUAGCUCUCAUCUGCUUUGGUAUUGCUUUUAAGGGCAGAAAGCUGCCACAGAGUUACAAUGAUGCAAAGUUCAUUACCUUUAGUAUGCUGAUUUACUUCAUCUGUUGGAUCAUAUUUGGCCCAGUGUAUCUCAAUGUUACAGGCAAGUACCUCCCAGCAGUGGAGAUGGUUGUCAUUCUCCUAUCAGCAUACGGCAUCCUGUUCUGUCAGUUCAUCACAAAGUGUUAUAUUAUUCUGUUCAAACAGAAAGCAAACACACAGAGCGCCUUCCGCCGAGAUGUUAGAAAUUUUACCUCGGGUGGCAAUAUCGGUGAGAACGAUGGUCAUUUUGUCUCAUCUUCAUUGGACUUGGAAGGGAUCGAAAACCCUGCUUUAUAUGUUGAGGCGCAGAUGUAAAAUCCACAGAAGGAUCAAAGCCUGUGCAUGAGCGCUGAUAUGCCAUCAUGCUCUCUUUCUCAAACCUCGAAAUCACAACUCACUAGGUGCCAUAAUGACCACAAUGUCAACAAUAAGAAACAGUUAGGGAGAUUUUUCAGUAUGCCAGCUUAAACUUAAUAGUGAUGGACAAUAGUUUUAAAUCUAUUUCAAUGUUUGUAACCGCAACAGAAAAGUAAUGGUUCAAGUAUAAUGAGAAUCUAAAACGAAACUCUUGGCUGGCUCAAGAUUUUUAAUAAGCAGUGAUUGUUUUUCUUUUAAAUGUUGAAAAAAGUCAACAUACAACAACAAGUCAACAACAUUUUUAUUUAAUUGUCAUUCAUUGUAUUGUUUUUAUUUUUUUUAGCUUUAACUGCCUCUUGAUACCUGCCUGUUGUAUCUCUCUUAUUCCUGUUAUUUGCAUUUAUAUUAUUUUUGGACUCUCUGUUUGGCCCCUCUGUUGAUGUCUGUUCUCUUCUUGUCAUGAGUUUAUG